GCGAGGAGGAGACGGCGCUGGAACCCAUGGACACCGCGUACCCCCGCGAGGACCCCCGGGCGCCCGCGCCGCGCAAGCCCGAGGGCGUGGCCCCCUCGGCCCUCCCGCCGGGGGCGCCGGGCCCCCCGCCUCGGGACCACUUGAUCUGGUCGGUGUUCAGCACCCUCUACCUGAACCUGUGCUGCCUCGGCUUUCUGGCGCUGGCCUACUCCAUCAAGGCCCGAGACCAGAAGGUGGCCGGAGAUUUGGAGGCAGCCCGGCGCUUCGGCUCCAAAGCCAAGUGCUACAACAUCUUGGCCACCAUGUGGGCAUUGGUGCCACCCCUGCUGCUCCUGGCGCUGGUGGUGACCGGUGCCCUGCACCUGUCUCGGCUGGCCAAGGACUCUGCCGCCUUCUUCAGCACCAAGUUUGAUGACUCAGACUACGACUGA